UCAUCUGUCGCGUAAAUUGCAACAAAUAUUCUUCGAUAUUAUUAUUAUUUUCAUUUUAAUGUUUUCGACGAGGUUAAAAAAAGUUUAUUUUUUUUUUUUUUUUAAUUUAAUGUCUCACUGAGAUUAAAAACAACAAAAUUACAAUUGUUCGGUCAUGGCUGUGUCAACAAGAUAUUUUCCCAAUUUGUUGCAACAAUGUAAACGCUAUCCCGUUCUUGUGCGUUGCGAAUUUUCGAAAGGGACGAAUGAUAAAAAAAAACACGAAGAGGUUGACAAAGAGAAUACGAAAAGAUCGAUAAAACAAGAAGAAUACCAGAACAAGAUGCACGAUGCGCAAAAAGAUCGGAAACCUAACAUAAGAGUGUGCAUUAUUGGCGGAGGAGUGACGCCUCUUUAUACCGCGGUGCUUCUGAAACAAUAUCAAAAUAUUAAAAACAUACAUUUGGUAGACACGAGAGACACCGUGCCGGGAGCAAUGGCGAGCGUGUGUCACACGGAAACUUAUCCUCGCAUUGAUUAUUUUCGACGGAAAGACAUAAAGGAAGCCCUUAAAAAAGUGAAUAUCGUCGCGCUCAUGGACGAAAUGGAUAUUGGCGGAACAAGCGAUACGACGCCUCGAGUGUUAUUCAAAUCUGCGGCCGAUUACGUGCGCCAGAUGACGGAUAAGAUACUUCGCUUCUGUCCGAACGCUCUUGUGGCCGUGUUCGCGCGUCCUGUAACCGCUAUGCUUCCGAUGGUCUCGGAAAUAUUUCGUUGCUCGGGCUGCUUCAAUCCCGAUCGAAUUAUUGGCUCCGUUUCGACGUACAAAUCGCAGAUCGAGGAUGCGACGGCGGCUCUUUUGAACUUGGAGCGCGAAUUUAUUUCGAUCCCGAUGGCUGGCGGUGCCGACGCGCGCACCGUCGUUCCGCUAUUGUCGCGCGCCUUUCCGUUCAAUCAAUUCACAAACGCGCAACGUAAGACUCUGUUGCAAUCGUUUCGGGUCAGCGAUGAAAUAACUGCGAAACACGAUGGCCCGUCGUUAUCGUCCGGAACAGCCGCUGCGAAACUGAUAAUUGCUCUCGCUAAUGGUUUGAACAAAUCCGAACACGUUACCUGCGCCUACGUGCGAUCGAACACACUUCCGAUCUGUCGAUUCUUCACCAACGAGGUGCAACUGGGUCCGGAAGGUAUCAAGAGAGUCUUGGAUCUGCCGAAAGUCUCACCCGCCGAAAUACUUAUGAUCGAGCACGCGAUACCUCUUAUCAACGAAUACGUCGAUAUGGCUGUCGCAGAGGUCAGGACCGAAAAAAUACGAGCCAAGACACGAUAGUGACAAAAAAGUAACGACAAUAUAUGAUAACAAAAAUAAAUAUGUCGGAUAUCUCGAUUCUCUUAUCGGUGCAAA